AUGAGUUGGCAACACUGUUACGUACAGGAAGUUAGUGAUCGUUCGUGAGACGUUCUUUCCUUAACGGUCGUGCUGUUAGGAGAACAUAAUGGGUCGUUAUUCUUACGAGCCACUAAAUGCUACGAAAUCGUGCAAGGCACGAGGCUCCAAUCUUCGUGUGCAUUUCAAAAACACUCAUGAAACAGCACGCGCUAUUAAAAACAUGGCUCUUCGUAGAGCACAAAAAUAUUUGAAAAACGUGAUUGAACACAAAGAGUGUGUACCUUUCCGAAGAUUUAAUGGUGGAGUGGGCCGAUGUGCUCAAGCUAAACAGUUUGGCACAACUCAAGGACGUUGGCCUAAGAAAUCUGCAGAAUUCUUGUUGCAACUUUUAAAAAAUGCUGAGAGUAAUGCAGAUUACAGAGGAUUGGAUGUUGAACGCCUUGUCAUCGAUCACAUUCAGGUCAAUCAUGCAUCUUGCUUACGUAGGAGAACUUACAGAGCCCAUGGUCGUAUUAAUCCGUACAUGAGUUCACCCUCUCAUAUAGAGGUUAUAUUAACUGAAAAGGAGGAUAUUGUUUCGAAGGCUACAGAAGAAGAACCUUCGAAGAAAAAAUUGAGUAAGAAGAAGCUCGCAAGGCAAAAGGAAAAAAUGAUGAGGGAGUAAUUUUUAUUUAUAAUUAUCUAUUAAAAGUACAUAAAACAAAAA